AUGGAUACUCUUCCGGACAAUAAUCAAAAGUUUGGCAAGAAAGAAUAUUGGGACCAGAGAUAUCUAGAGGAAGGAGAAGGAGCUUUUGACUGGUUCAAGACUUACGGGGAUAUAUCGUCGGUCAUACAUGAGCUCAUCCCCAAGCGUGAUGCCGACAUUCUUAUGCUGGGAUGUGGGAACUCCAGACUAUCUGAAAAGAUGUACGAUGACUCCUACCGCCACAUCGUAAAUGUCGACUACUCUCACGUUGUCAUCGAGCAGAUGUCUGAACGGCAUAGUGGGACAAGGCCAGAUAUGACAUGGGUGGAGAUGGACGUACGACAUCUCGAGUUUCCGGACGCAGCGUUCGAUGUUGCGAUCGACAAAGGAACACUGGACGCGAUGCUGACGCCGAAGGAUGUUUGGAAUCCAGAUCCACAGAUGGUAGCGGAUUGCAACGCUGAGAUUGACGAAGCAUACCGGAUACUUCGCCCUGGCGGUCGCUUGAUCUACUUGACGUUUGGUCAACCGCAUUUCCGAAGACAAUACAUGAAUAGACACGAUUGGAAGUUGGAAAUCCGAGAGCUCGGCGAGAGCUUCCACUAUUACCUUUACGUUUGUACAAAGCGAGAAUGA